GCUUUCGGUCACAUUGGUCGCGACGGAAAUUUAUGAAAUUAAUUUAAUUUAGUUGAAUUAAUUUUUCAGCGUGAGCGUCCGCCGCAGAAGUCGGCCAAAGUGAAAAAGAUAAAAAAAAAAAUAAACAAACGAUGAAAGCCCAGUAGCCAACGACAAUUACCGUUGUCAACACAUUGUUAGCCAACUUCCUAUUUUUUUUUUAUAUUGAUUAAAUUCAUUGUGUGUAGACAUACGCACAGACACACACACACAUACGCACAGGCACGCGGAUAGAGAGGAAAACAACAACAAAUUGUGACUGGCGCGCAAAUACACACACACAAAUAACAUAACAAUUGAUAAAUUGCUUAGACGCUAAAUGAGUCAAUAGUGAAUUAAAAUCGGCUAUAGAAGGCUUCUGAUUUUUUUUUUUCAAUUCGGGCUUACGUACAUCGUGUCAAAGCCGCAAUGUCUUGCUGCACUGGUGUGGCCAUGUCCGCCGACGAGGGGAUAACAAUGCGCAAUGGCAGGACCAAGGCGCUGCAGGAGCACUCCCCGGAUCAGGUGGCUACUUCGUUGUUGCCACAGGUGCCGCCGCAGGAGCAGCAAGAUCUUAAUCCGCAACAACAACAACAGCAGCAACAACAGGCCACUCCGCAAAAGCAGGCCAUGUCCGCCGACGAGAAGAAGGCCACCAAGAAGUCCCUGGUCAUCGUAGCGGGCAUUUUUGUGGCCAGCUUGGUCACCAUGUGCUAUGUGUACGCCAUAUUCCCCGAGCUCAACGCGUCGGAGAAACAACACUUGAAAAUUCCGCGUGAUAUCCAAGAUGCCAAGAUGCUGGCCAAGGUCCUUGAUCGCUACAAGGACAUGUACUACUUCGAAGUGAUGUUCGGCGUGGUGGUCGCCUAUGUAUUCCUGCAAACAUUCGCCAUUCCCGGAUCGCUGUUUCUAUCGAUUCUGCUCGGAUUCCUGUACAAGUUCCCGAUCGCCCUGUUCCUAAUCUGUUUCUGUUCGGCGCUGGGCGCCACGCUAUGCUAUACACUUUCCAAUCUGGUUGGACGCCGCCUGAUCCGUCACUUUUGGCCAAAGAAGACCAGCGAGUGGUCGAAGCACGUCGAGGAGUAUCGCGACAGUUUGUUCAACUAUAUGCUAUUCCUGCGCAUGACACCGAUCCUGCCCAAUUGGUUCAUCAACCUGGCAUCGCCCGUCAUCGGUGUGCCGCUGCACAUCUUCGCAUUGGGCACCUUUUGCGGUGUGGCACCGCCCUCGGUGAUCGCCAUCCAGGCGGGCAAGACACUUCAGAAGAUGACCAGCUCGAGCGAGGCCUUCUCCUGGACCUCGAUGGGCAUCCUGAUGGCCUGCGCCUGUGCAUCCUUGCUGCCCGGCCUACUCAAGAACAAGUUCAAGCACAAGAAGGAGGCGUAAGCUGGCCAAAGGACCUUUCCGAAAUAUAUUUAUAUGUAUGCUAUUCCCCAAACCGAAACCAAAACAAACCGAAAAAUCAUUAAUUGUAAUUUAUACACUACGACAGAAACAAGAGGUAAAACACACACACACACAAACCGCGUUUUUUUCAGUGUAAUUGAACGCGGCAAUGGAAAAAUGAAAAGCCCGCCCCAGAGAAAAUUUCGGUAUGCCACUUUGGGUCUCGAUCCACUAUGUUUAAGACAACAACAAAAUAUCUGUGUUUAUCCUAUUAAAAAAAAAUAUUAAUUUUUUUUAAACCUA